GCGCCGCCGGGUCGGCAUUUUCUUCCGGAUCAAAGAAGAGGUUGGACUUCCAUCCCGGAUGUGACCCACGUGCUUCUUAUUUCUUCUAGCUGGGUACCCGGCAACUUUUUACUAUUGAUCCGAAGUUGGGGACGUCGUGGGACCUGUGACCUGACCCAGGCUGUGGACUAAAGACCAGGAGACAGUUCUGCACGGUGCUAGUUUGGCAUGGAUCCGCUUAGAGCCCAGCAGCUGGCUGCGGAGCUGGAGGUGGAGAUGAUGGCCGACAUGUACAACAGAAUGACCAGUGCCUGCCACCGGAAGUGUGUGCCUCCCCACUACAAGGAAGCAGAGCUGUCCAAAGGCGAGUCUGUGUGCUUGGACCGAUGUGUAUCCAAGUACUUGGACAUCCAUGAGAGGAUGGGCAAAAAGUUGACAGAGUUGUCUAUGCAGGAUGAAGAGCUGAUGAAGAGGGUACAGCAGAGCUCUGGACCUGCAUGAGGCCGCAGGCAGUAUUCACCUGGGGUGCACCUUGCCACAUUUCUGAUUAAAGUGUUCCCUAAUGGGUGUCGUAUGUGAAAACUGUCACACUUAGGCUCUCUGGAGCAUCUCCAGGACCCCUGGGUUUGGUAGAGCUCUCCUGGCUAAAGAAGGGGACUUGUCACGCUGGUUUGUGACUGUGUAUGUGUGUAUAUGUAUAUAUCGAUAUUAAAACAAAUUUGUGCAAAGCA